CUGUGGUAGAGGACUGAUUGUUGAGGGAGAUGAAGUGGGAUCUGUCAGAGAGGUAGGACUGGAGCCACCUGAGUGCAGUACCUUCGAUACCGAUAUCCCGGAGUCGGGUAAGCAGGAUGGUGUGGCUCACGGUAUCGAAGGCUGCACUGAGGUCAAGGAGGAUGAGGAUGUUGAGGGAACCGGUGUCAGCAGAGAAAGGACCACGACGAUCGGACAGCUGAUCAGCGCUUACCUGGAGAACAAGAGUGACCUGGAGGACCACACCGUGCACCUGCUGUUCUCCGCCAACCGCUGGGAGCUGGUACCUUUAAUGAAGAAGAAGCUGGAGCAGGGCACCACUCUGGUUGUAGACCGAUACGCGUUCUCCGGAGUUGCUUUCACCAGUGCAAAGCCGGGUUUCUGUCUGGAUUGGUGCAUGAAGCCUGACGUGGGACUGCCGAAGCCGGACCUGGUGAUGUUCCUGCAGCUCAGUCCGGCAGAGGCCGCUCUCAGAGGCCAGUUUGGAGAAGAGAGAUACGAGACUAGUGUUUUCCAAAGAGCGGUCCAGCAGAAAUUCGAACACCUGAUGAAGGAUCCCUCAGUCAACUGGCGGGCAAUUGAUGCUUCUCAGAGCGUUGAGGAUGUGCACGAGAACAUCAUGACCUACAGCCUGAACAAUAUCAACGCAGCCGAGAACCUGCCUCUUGGAGAGCUGUGGAAGUGAAGCACUCGUUUUUUAAAUAAAUUAAACUUGAAUAAAUGAUGUGCCAUUGUCAAAUAUCAGAUUCUGACUUUAUUUGUUUUAAUUCCUCUUACAUUGUUGUUCACCUGUCUAUAUGCUGUGUUGAUUAAAUAAAUAAUCAAAUGAUUGAA